AUGAACCAGGCCCCUGAUGGAAGAUGGAUAAGGGUGCCCUCGGCCCCGACAUCGCCGGCACAAACCUCGCACAGGAAUGCUAUCAGAUGGCCUGAACAACUGCAGACGGCCCAUCACUUGGACGCCAGUCAUCAACUACCCGGAGCGCAUUACCAGCAGCAACCACAACGGCCUACAAUACCUCAUGAUCAUCCUUCCUACCCGCCCAGACCGCCACACCAGCAGCAGUCUGAUCAGAGCAAUCUCGGCUUCGAGAGAACCUACGAGGUCUCGUCAGAGUACACCGUCAGUCCCAGCCCUCCGAGCUCCGCACACCGUUUGCAUCAGCACACCGCUGCUCCCUUACCGCCUCGCUCCCCUCAGCCACAGCCGCAGCCGCGCGAUGACACACGAAAGAUGAGCUUCGACUCUGUGCUUCAGCUCCCGCCAAGACGGACUAAUGCACGAGCGUCCCAGGCUUGCAAUACCUGCAGGAGGCUCAAGACAAAGUGCGACAUGGCUAGACCUUGUAAGACGUGUCGGGACAGAAAAGGCGAUUGCAUUUACUCCGGGUCGGUAUCAAAGUAUCACGACAGAUAUUCACAGUUGCUGUUUGACGGACUUCAACAUGAAAUUGCAAGACUCCAAGAGCGAACAGAGCACAUAGAACGCCUCCUCGGCAUCAUGACAGCACCAGCACUCGACAGAGCUCUCACGAACAGCACGAUAGCUCAGAGCGAGGCUUUGACAAUCAGAGAACAGUGGCAUCCUCAAACGGCGAGGCUAGAGCCGGGCAUGCAGGAUGCCCUCGCCACAGAAAUGGUGGGCAGGUCACUUGGAAAGGCACCAGCAAAGAUUGACACGAGACCUCUCAUGGGCCCCGAAGAUGAUCCCAUCAUGACAAACCACCCAACCUUGGCUCAAGAAAUCCUACAGUGGCCUGCAGUCAGUCAGUUUAUCCAGAGACUACUAGCCAGUGAAGGCAUCCAAUCCCCUGCAGAUUUCCCACUCGCCCAAGAGCAGCAGAGAGAUCGACUUUGUCCACCAUUUGGAACAGGCGUGGGCUACCAAAAGACAGACAAACCUGCCGCCAUGACUCAUUACGAGCUGGAACCAAACGGACCCUCCGGGCCGCCGCUGCCAAAUCGCAUCGACUGGGCACCAGCCAGUGGCCCAUCUGGCCAUUUGAGUCCCGAAAGAGCCGGAUCGAGCCCUCAGGGGAGUACGGAGCCUGACAUGAACGCAGAGACAGUCUGGAGCUUGGUACAAAGCUACAAGAAUAACAUACAAAACAUGCACCCACUUAUGGGCCAGGAGGAGCUGGACGCCAUGGUCAACAAGUUCCUCGAAAACCAGUCCAACCCUGCAAAAAAGCAAUCAGGCGCGGCGGCCAAGCUUACUGUCAGGAGGCUCAACAAGAGGAAGCGAUCUCCUAUUUGCAAUGGGCAAGAUCUUUCAGCAUCUGAAAGCUCCGAUUCGCACACACCACGACAUGCACAAAAGCUAACGAGGUCGGAUGUUACUAUUGACGACGCCGUCAUCCUGUGCAUACUAGCUCUUGGCAAGAUCAGCUGUCACAAAGAGAGGUUGUCGGACAGUUUCUUUGGGGACUUGAAUUCCUGGCAACAACGUCUGUCACCCACACGACCAGAACAAUACCCGACCCCCAUGUCGCAAAGCUAUCCUCUGCCUGCGACAUCACAUCCAGACCAACACACUACAGCGAGUCCGAGAAAACACACUCAUGACAUUCCGGGUCUAGAAUACCUCAUACAAGCCACCGAGAUCAUGACAAGCCAGAUGCAUGGCUGCACCCUCAAGCAUGUUCAGGCCUGCAUACUUGCUGGGCUAUACUACGGACAGCUUGGUCGCGCAUUGGAAAGUCUUGAACAAGUUCAGCAAGCGGCCAUGAAGAUCCAGCAGCUGAUCAGACCUGAAAUCCUCGACCAGCUACGUCUCCCACGAUCCGGAAUUCUUUUGUACGAGCAUGUCAUGCCCAAGCCAAACGCGGUCAAGGCUCUGCAGACCGGAGUUGAACAAGACGUAAUGGAACAUUACAUGGCGCAGCUCUAUCUCCGGCGGCAGCUCAAUCACAUUCACGACAUGCUUCAGCCGUCCUGCGAAUCCGAUCAUAUGCUGCACAGGCAGCCAAUGUCCCCAACAACGCCCCUGAUACGUGCAUUCAAGCAGUGCCUUGACAAGUCGGAGUGGGCUUCCGAGCGUCUACAAUUUGACGACAACGAUGCGCCCUCCCCCAACCUUUUGCAAGCUCGGCUGCGUGCCAAGUACUGGAAGGCGCUUGUUGCCACGUUUAGGCCGGUAAUCCGGGCCAUUGUCAACAUGCCAUACGAAAUGCCGAUGUACAAGGUGGAAGAGAACGAGAACGUAGGUGGGGAAGCAAAUUUGGAUGACCGAGUCGAUGGCUCCUUGUACCCGCUCGACCCGAUGAUGCUAGAGCAUGCCCGUCAGGCCGUCAAGGCCCUCGUGGAAAGCACAAGAGCCUUCCACGCCAUUCAAGACGCUCGCCUCGUCAUACCGGAUGUUUUUGGCACGGCACAUAUGCAAUGGAGCAACUUGAUUACACUGGUCGCCAUAUACCGCGACCCCCGCAUCGGCCGCCUGGUCGAUGGCGUCACGCUCAGAGACUUGUUUCGACGGACGAUAGAAUUCCUCGGCGUGGUUGUGCACGCGCCAAGCUCGCUUUCAGUCAUCCUGCGAAUCCUACAGAGGCUAGAGAUGGAGCUGUUUGAUGGCAGGACAGAGCGGAUCCCGUGA